GUUGCAAUACGCUUAUUCGCCGCGCAGUUGCGUGCACGCAGAUCGCGCAUUAUGUCACGUUUAAUUUUAUUCACCAAAACUCAAAGGCAUCAAGUUAUUGAAAUCAGUUGCUUUUGUAACGCUGCCGGUGCCGAUUGAAUAGAAACUCUGCAUUGGUUUACAUCUCAACGGGCUCCAGCAGGAUUGGGACCAUGGCAACAGUUCAGCGUUUGAAGGGAUUCAUUUUCCUUGCUUUUCUUUACUACACUGGUUUAUUCGGCACCAUCGUUAUCAUGGGCCCGACUUUAAUUCUUCUGUGUUUACGGCCGAGGUGGUUUCGCUGGGUUAAUGACCACCUCACGGUGUGGUGGCUUGUUCUUCCCCCGGCCCUUCUGGAGAUGAUGUUUGGAGUCAAGAUUGUAGUCACUGGGGACAAGCCUCCAAAGAGUGAGAACUCUGUUAUCAUCAUGAACCACAGAUGCCGACUUGAUUGGAUGUUCUUUUGGAGUUUUGUGGCACGAUAUGGCGAGUUGAAGCACGAGAAGAUAAUAAUGAAACGUGAACUCAAACAUAUUCCUGGUCCAGGUUGGGCCAUGCAGAAUGCCCUUUACAUUUUCUUGCACCGCCGUUGGGAGAGAGAUGAAAGCUACCUUAAUUCAGUUCUCAGUUACUUUGUCAAUUCAUCAGAUAGUCUUCAGCUACUCUUGUUUCCUGAGGGUACCAACUUUGAGGAGGCUAGCAAACAGAAGAGUGAUUCCUUUGCAAAAAAAAAUAAUCUUCCCUUUUAUGACUAUGUUCUACAUCCACGUGUACGUGGCUUCACGUACUGUGUUGAGAAACUUCGUCAGGGGAAUCUAGAUGCUAUUCUUGAUGUCACCGUUGGUUAUUCUGAAAAUUACUGUUUUGAAGAAGUUGAUCUACUGAAAGGAAAUGUACCAAGUGAAAUUCAUUUUCACAUUCAGCGAUAUACCAAUGAUGCACUUCCACAAGAUACACAAGGUCUGGAAGAAUGGUGCUGUAAGCAAUGGAUGCAGAAAGAGGAUAGACUGAAAAAAUUUUACACCAAGGAGAAAUAUUUUGGCCCUCCUUCUGAAAUAGCAAGUGAACAACAGAAUGAGAUCCAGUUAGCUGUGAGUUAUCUGUUUAAAAAAGGGCUCAUCUUCUGGCUUCUGUUCACAAUCUGUUUGUCAGUUCUUCUGUACAUGUCUGCAAUGGUGAGAUGGUAUGUUUUAAUUAUUGGAAUUGUAUAUUUAACACUUUCCUGUUUUGGGGGAACAGAUGAAAUAUUUUUACAGCUGAUGCAGAAGUCAACGGAUACCAAGACAAAGUGAGGCGUCUUAAGACAUGUAUUAUGCAUCAGAUCCUGGUGAGCAGUGGUCAGAGUCAUGGUCAAUCCUUGGCUGACAUGCAAAUGGUGCUAGCUCUGGUUGCUUCUAUUCAAGUAAAGUUGAAUUUCAGACCUGGCAAGUUUGAUUUAUUUAACAUUUCACUCCUAGGUGCUUCAUGUCAAUUUUCUGAACUGUAUAUCAUACAUUUCUUAGAAGCUUUUGAGCUAUGGCUCCCAGAGUAUCGUGUGAAAUCAAACAGUACUUUUCCUUAGUUGAAAUUGCUUUCUUGU